AUGGAAAUCGUAAGUUUCCGGAACCUGCACAAAAACUAUUGCAGUUUCUACAGAAACACAUCGAGAUACCGCAUUGAAAAGAUCAAUGUCAGCAGACUAAGCGUUUUAUUCGCCGCCUCUGUCUUUACACGAAAGAUUAUGCGGAUUCUCCGCAGAUCAUCGCUCAUAGGCACGGUCAUUUGCGUAAACUUUAAACACACAAGGUUGGAGAACUUAUACAUUCUAACGGGAUGUUUAUUAUCCGGAGCCACAUUACUGAACACGAAUUGGCACACCGACACGAAAAAAUCGAUCGAGUACAAAUUACGCAUGACUGGGUGCGAAAUUGUAAUUCAAGAUGACACUAUGGCAUUCGAAGAUCGUAAUAUGAAUAGGCUGGACGGGGUACUGUAUAUUUCGCUAUACGAAAUAUUUACUCCUGCAGUUGAGGAGAAAUGCAAUUCAUUGGCUACCUACUUAUCGCCUUUUGAUGCUGUUGAGCGGGCUAAAUCGGAUUCUAACAUACAGCGUAUGCUUAACCACCAGAUGAAAGAGUCCAAUAAUAUACCUCCAGAUACGAUCCAUUUGGUGGCAUUCUCUUCUGGGUCUGAUUCGGAUCAUCCAAAGGCCUCUAAAAUACAAUACCAACACUUGUACUCAUGUUAUGAUAGGCUUGAGACGAUGGGAAGGUGGGACCAGAAGGAGCCCUUGAUAAUACUGGUUGCCAAUCCGAUAUACGAGCCCUUUACUAGCAUAAUCCUCUCAUAUUCCCUUUAUCGCCCUAAUACCACACUACAUUUAUUGCAGAGAUAUAACGCCACGUACUGGAAAAUCAUUUGGGAGAUGAACGAAUACUACAAACAUGUAUACAACGACUGCAGCUACAAGAUAUUCACCUCUUUAUAUCCUAGGCAAUUGGAAGCUCUGUUAACACUGGAGCAAGUGGCUAAAGAGUGCAGCAUUUUUGAUCCAAUAAUAGACUACAAACACUUAGUACCAAUACCGCCGCAGGGAAUAACAGAAACCGUUAUCGAAUACAAUGGGGAUGAUGAGCAGAUGAUUGAUGAGUACAGCAGGCUGAUGGAUAGAAAUACUGGGCAAUGGGAAGGGCUGGGCGAUUCCAGCGACAUGAAAGGCUCUAAUUCAGCGGCGGAAAUGAUAGAUCCGGCACCAAAAGAAACAUGUACAGAUCCAUGCGCUUUGUUUGACACAAAAUGCUCUGAAGGUCACAAAUCACUGUUUACAGGAUCAUCAGGAGCGGAAGAUCUACCACCAAAACAUCUAGACCCAUCACCUGCAUCUGGAUCUGGAGAAUUUGAGGAUUUUCUGACUGGGGGCGGUCGAAUGAAGGGCAUUCAUAAUCCACUCCAGGCAAAUUUCACGCCAGGGUACAGCAGAUACGGCGCAGUAAAGACCAUGUUUAGAUUGAAUAAGUUUGACUUUAAGGCGGCGAGUAAGCCCUUUGGUCAAGACCCGCCCGGCGAAUGGCUGCUGAAGAGUAAAAUCAAGCAAUCGCUUUUAGACCAGAGUUCUAAGCUCAAAUCGGUAACCUGGCCCAUUUACAACAAGCUAAAGCUCCACGCUGACAAGAUUGGAAAAUCUGAGUCUACUCCAAGAACUGAAUACUCCCGAUCAAAGCUACAGGUACCAUUGUAUGAGAAGAGGACAGAAUCUCUUGUAAAUAUUCCACACUCGAGGAAAUCCAGCACUUAUAUCCCCAAAUUGAGGAUGAAAUUUUCGGAGCUUAGGAGCGUUUUGGCCGAUAAAAAUGUAUUAUUUUCUCUGGGCGGCGCCCCAAUUUACCCUGAAACCUGCUACACCUUUAGCAACGUAUGCAAAGGGAAGAUUUCCAUUCUAUACUACGGAUCGACAGAGACGGCGUUUCCGCUCAUACACUCCGCCAGUGGUGUGAGGGAAAGGGACGAUUUGCUGAACAUCAUGAAGAGGGGGUGGACUCACGAAUAUCAGGGUUUACCCUGUAGAGGGCACUAUGUGGGCCGCCCCUUUGAGCAAUCUGACAAUGUAAAGGUCGUAAAAUCUGUGAAUAAGAAUAACGCCAAUUUUAUGAUCGAAUGCGAUGCCGGUGAACCUGGGUACAUUAUUUGCAAGGCAAACAUAAACUGUCAACUUUGCGAGCCUAGGAUACAUGAGGACCACUACCUAGGGCUAGAUGACGUAGGAUUUUAUCUGUAUUCGGCGGAGGGAGAAGAUAGUGAGACAGCAGUUAAGGAAUUUUUUUGGAUGCACAAGGUUGAUUUGUCGCUAUGCGAAAACUACCCGUGGAAGUUUAGACUGGCUCAAACCAGUAGGCUCAUCCACGAGUUCAUUUGCGACAUGUACGAUAUCCCUCAGAACAAGGUUUACGUUAAAACAUUUGGGCUGAUGCACGGCGACACUUGCAUUUACUGCUGCGCUGUAGAGCUAGUGCAAAUUUAUACCGGCACAGAUAACGAGCCAGAGCCCACAAACUUAGAUGUGGAAGAGCUCUCAAAGGACAUAUCGGAGAACUUGCUGGAUCGCUGCCGCAAAUCCGAGAUUUUCAAAGGCCUGGUUCUCCCAGACGUACUGCGCGUAGGAUCAAUACCAUUCACAUACAAGGGCACCCCCGAUAUGAAACUUCUCAAAGAGACUUUCAAGGCGCUAAUUUGA